ACUAAACCCACAGACACUCACUCACUCUGCCGCCACCACACUGUCGGCUACGCCCCCAAGUCCCACUCUUUCUUCCAACAUCUUCGGCGUGCCACCCAUUUUUCUUCCUCCUACAAUGCAGCUCCACCACCGUGCCUCCACCGCGGCAAAAAGCCUAGCCUGCUUCAGCUUCGCCUUGAAACUCGUGCUGUUGUACGCGGCCGAGGGACAGUCUCAGCACCAGCACCGCGGUCCCGACCUACAUUGGUACUCCGGAACCGCCACCUGGUACGGCGACCCCGAAGGAGACGGCAGCACCGGUGGGGCAUGUGGGUAUGGUUCGAUGGUGGAUGUGAAGCCAUUUAGGGCGCGAGUGGGAGCAGUGGGGCCCUUGCUGUUCAUGAAUGGUGAAGGGUGUGGUGCCUGCUACAAGGUCAGGUGUUUGGACAAGAGCAUAUGUUCGAGACGAGCAGUGACAGUCAUAAUCACCGACGAGUGCCCGGGUUGCCCCUCCGACCAAACACACUUCGAUCUCAGUGGUGCUGCCUUUGGUCGCAUGGCCAUUGCUGGCGAGAACGGUCCUCUCAGAGACCGUGGUCAAAUCCCUGUCAUUUACCGAAGAACACCGUGUAAAUAUCCAGGAAGAAAAAUUGCUUUUCAUGUUAACGAAGGCUCAACGCCAUUUUGGCUAUCACUUCUGGUUGAGUUUGAGGAUGCAGAGGGAGAUAUUGGCUCCAUGCAUAUACGAGAAGCAGGAUCUACAGAAUGGCUGCAGAUGAAUCACCUCUGGGGUGCAAAUUGGUGCAUUAUUGGGGGACCUUUAAGGGGGCCAUUCUCAGUGAAAUUGAGCUCUUCCUCUGGUAGAAGCCUCUCUGCAAGAGAUGUUAUUCCAGGCAACUGGGUUUCAAAGGCAACUUACACUUCUCGUCUAAAUUUCUACCCUUAGUCACAAGCCUUUUGGUGCAACUAAUGAGUACAUUUGAACUAGUUAAAAGUUGGUGAUGUCCCAUAACUCAAAAGUAGUCUCCAUGAGCCUCCAACCCUCUUUUUCUUCCCUUUGUUUGCUAUAUAGACAUUAGUUUCUCUCCUUUUUUGAUAAGAAAAGUAGCCAUUUGGAGUGCACAAGGGCAUCCAAUGGUGCUUAUGCUUUCUUAUUUUUUUUUUCUUUGCAUAUUGAUUUUGUAUACCUACUUUUGUGGUGUGUUGUAACAGUUGGUAGUAAAUGUAUGUAAUGUGGCCAUCUCCAAAUUGGAGAGAGAGCGUGUAGUUUUGUAAUUCCUUAUGGGGUUUCAAUGUGUGUAGUGGUCCCAUUGUGUUUUAAUGGACAUUUAUUAUUGAAUGUUUUAACUUUGA